CUACUAUUCUCGGAGAGAGAGAAAGCGAGAGAGAGAAAAGGAGAAAAUAAUAACCUCCAAGAAUUGGUUAUUCCUGUCUUUCACCUUCCACGACCAGCGGCCAGGAGGGGAGCGGCCUUCGCGGUGGGAAUGUGCUGCUACAACAACCCCGCGUCCUAUUUUUUUGUGAAUGUAAAUGCACAUGCAGUCUCAAGCCUGUAGCCUAUUUAACCCACCUCGGAUUCAAGAGGAGUUAAUAUCUAUAUCUAUACAUAUAUGUAUGUUUGUAUGAGAGUGUGUGUACUCCUAUAGGCCUUAUGUAGACUAUAAAAACUGAGCCUGACAGCGGGGGUUGCUUUUUCACCUGCAAGAAACGUGGAUACAUUUCGAGGGAUUUUCACAUCUUGGUCACGUUUUCUUUUUUUCUUUCCCUUUUCUCCUUUUUUUUUUUUGAAGGAUUUUUUUUUUCUUGAAGGGAUUCAUCGCAGCCGAGCCGGGAAUUUAAAAAAAGUAUCGGUGCGCAGUUUUGGAGGCUCGGUGGUGAUGUGAGGGGCUGAUAACACAUUUCAGCAACAAAAGCGAGGGGCAGGGAGAGAGAGAAGGCCCUUUGGAGGAGAAAACACAGCAAGGAACAGCCAUCACAAAUAAGGAGGACAAAUCGAGGGGGUAUUAGAUCGUUUCGGAGUUGGAGGUGGUGGGGGAUCUAGCCGAAAAGACAACCGCAGUGAGUUUGGAGCUGUUUUGGGUUGAUUUGAUGCAGCGAAUGAAAAGGAGCCGGAUGACGACGGAAGCAAUGAGAAUAUCACACAUGUAGCUCGUUUGGGUGUAAAUAUUAUUUUGCUUCCUCCUGUCCUGCUGGGCCCCCCGACGAAGACAGCCGUCGGAGAGACAGAGAAAUAGCUAAAGAGUUAAAGUGUCCACCUAUGGAAAUGUUUAGCAUAAAAGGAGACGUGGAAACGAGCCGCGCCACAGCACGGGCGAGGUUUUCGGACACGCCGAGUUCGGCUUCUUGUCACGGGCAGUAGUGAGACGCAAGACCCGGGCUUUUGGAGAUGCAAAUUAGGCUGUUUAUUCUGCCUCCGUUUGAGGUGAAACCCCGAUUUUUGGUGUCUUAACACACGUUGUGGAUUACAAUUGUUAACGUUACACAGUUGACGGGGGAGAGAGAGGGAAAAACAAAACAAAAACUGUACUGCAUGUGAAGGAGGAAAAGCCCGAGCAGGAUUCAGCAAACGGAGAAGGCGGCCUCGGUGUCGUCAGCAACAGUAUCCUGCCCUUUCUCUGACAGCAAAAUACGCGUUAUGGACACAUAAUUUCUACAGGGCUGCACCACGGACAGUUUUUGGAGCAGGCCGGGGACGUUAAACUGUGUAAAUGUGGGUGACAUUGCUGCCAAAUCCGCAUGCCAAACGAGGGAUCUAGACUAGUUUAGUUAAUUUAUUUAUUUUUGCUUUCUAUAUACCCCCUCCACCUCCACUUCUUCUUCUUCUACCUCCUCCUCCUCCUCCUCCUCCCCUGGACCCCCUUUUUUCUUUUUUCUUGCGGGAAGAUGGGUUGUUUGGGCAACAGUAAGACCGAAGACCAGAGAAAUGAGGAGAAGGCACAAAGAGAAGCAAACAAAAAGAUAGAGAAGCAGCUCCAAAAAGACAAACAGAUAUACAGAGCAACACACAGACUACUACUUUUAGGAGCUGGGGAGUCAGGAAAGAGCACCAUAGUGAAACAGAUGAGGAUCCUACAUGUCAACGGCUUCAAUGCAGAAGAGAAGAAGCAGAAAAUUCAGGACAUCAAGAAUAAUAUUAAAGAGGCCAUUGAGACCAUAGUAACAGCUAUGAGCACCCUGGCACCGCCGGUGCAGUUGGCGUGCCCACAGAACCAGUACCGGAUCGAGUAUGUCCUCAACCUCGUCAACCAGAAGGACUUUGAGUUUCCAUCCGAGUUUUACGACCAUGCAAAGACACUGUGGCAAGAUGAGGGGGUCAGAGCGUGCUACGAGAGAUCCAAUGAAUACCAGCUAAUCGACUGUGCACAAUACUUUCUAGAUAAGAUCGACAUUGUGAAACAGAGCGACUACACUCCAACAGAUCAGGAUUUGCUGCGGUGCAGAGUUCUGACUUCAGGAAUCUUUGAGACAAGAUUUCAAGUGGACAAAGUUAAUUUCCAUAUGUUUGAUGUCGGCGGUCAAAGAGACGAACGCCGGAAAUGGAUUCAGUGCUUUAACGAUGUAACAGCCAUCAUCUUCGUGGUGGCCAGUAGCAGUUACAACAUGGUGAUCAGAGAGGACAAUCAGACCAACCGUUUACAGGAGGCCCUCAACCUCUUCAAGAACAUCUGGAACAACAGGUGGCUUCGGACCAUUUCUGUCAUCUUGUUCCUAAAUAAACAGGACCUGCUAGCAGAGAAGGUGCUGGCAGGGAAGUCCAAAAUCGAGGAAUACUUUCCUGAAUUUGCUCGCUACACCACACCUGACGAUGCCACACCAGAGCCUGGAGAAGAUCCACGUGUUACAAGGGCAAAGUACUUCAUAAGAGAUGAAUUCCUGAGGAUCAGCACAGCGAGCGGGGACGGGAGGCACUACUGCUACCCCCACUUCACCUGCGCCGUCGACACAGAAAACAUCCGCCGCGUCUUCAACGACUGUCGAGACAUCAUCCAGCGGAUGCACCUGCGGCAGUACGAGCUGUUGUGAUGGGAGAAGAAACGUGUUUGGCCAAAUACACAUCGGACUAUGAAAAACGCUGAGUCGCUGAACUCCGCUCUUCCACAGAAGUGUGUGAGCUCUUGUGAAGGAACGGGGGCCAAAUUGCACCCACACACACACACACACACACACACACACACACACUUACUUACAGUAAACACACCCUGAACCCAGAACUUCCCCCUGAUGCAAACUCCCCACCUGCAGUAGACAAAGCUAUUUGGUGGAAGGGUUUAAGGGGCUAACACAUAAACGGACUUUGACUCUCAGCCAUACUCCCAGCUCC